GCCCCCGGGCGGGGCCAGUAUCGGGUUUCACAUCCUGCCCCGCUCGCGGGCAGAGCGGCCAUGGCGGAGAGCUCAGACUGGGUGGAGAUCAUCGAGCCCCGCUCCCAGGAGCGGAUGUAUGUGAACCUGACCACUGGGGAGUGCAGCUGGGAGCCCCCUCCCAACCUGAAGGUGCGCCAGUCAGACCAGAAGCAGUGGUGGGAACUCUUUGACCAGAACAACAACCGCUUCUACUACUACAAUGCCAUCACACGGCAGACAGUGUGGCACCGGCCCCAGGGCUGUGACAUUGUGCCCUUGGCACAGCUCCAGGCCAUGAAGGGCAGCUCCCAGCCUGACUGCUGUGCCCAGGAGCACCGAGGCAGCGGUGACAGAAGCACCAUCAUCCAAAUGGCCGUCCUCCAGGAGAUGGAUAAGGGCAAGUGGGACAGUGCGGUGGAGAAGAGGAAAGAUCUUGCCAGGUAG